AUGCUUAGAUUUGGUUUAAGACGGUGUUUAACUUCCGGUGUUCCGGCUAGACUUCCCUUGGUGUCUGUUUCAAGAUUCGCGUCUCUUUCUAGAACCUCUUACAGAUGUGCGUCUUCCCUGAAGACUCCUGAUGGAGAAGAGUUGACUCCUCAUCUUCAAAGAAUGGCUGAGCUUCAAGAAAGUGUUCUUAAAGCCCCCGAAGUUAAGGAAUUGCUUAAGGAAUUCCGUGAUCUCAUGAUCAAGAAAGGCUUCAAUACUGAAGCAUCUCCUUCUUUAAUGCAAAUGGUCAAACUUAUGGCAGAUUCAGAAGUCAGAAACCAUUUGGGGAGAAUCCAAGAAGCUUUUGAUAAAGCAGGCAUUAAAAUUAGUCCUGAAGAUUUCAAGACCUUUUCAAAAAUGUGGAAAAUGUAA